AUGAAUGCAACGGCAACAAAUUGUAAUGUCACGCGAAGAACGGCAAGCAGCUCGAAAAGCGCAGAGAUUAGAAGCAGGACGGUUGCGCUCAGCAGUCUUGCGUUGCGGGGUCUUCCGACAGUGUCCCUCUUCUUGACUGAGAGCAGCGCUGCACUGACGCUUUCAGGGCGGGUAUCUUCUCCGUCAGUGGAAAGAUCGCAGCACCAUUGCACUGGACGAGCACAUAACCCUAGAUUUCAAUCUGUGUCGGAGGCCACGCUGAGCGGGCGCUGCGCUGAAAUGAAGUCUGCGCUUCUAACGUGCGUCAUCCUUUGUUGGGGAGGUGCAUCAUGCCACAGUGUCUACCGAAGGCAGUUUCGGUGGUGGCCGUCGGAAGACAACGCAGCUAGACUUCCACCUGGAUUGGCUGAGCAGGACCCCAUUACCGGCGAGUCUGCUGAGAUAACUAGCAGAAUCGCCUCAGGGGCCGCCAGUUACAGCGGUUCUUACGGAGGCAGCUACGGAGGUGGCUACGGUGGCAGCUACAGAGGUAGCUACGGAAGCAACGGUUACGGGGGUGGUUAUGGAGGCGGAUAUGGUGGUGGUUACGGAGGAGGUUAUGGGGGUGGUUACGGAGGUGGCUACGGAGGCGGAUACGGAGGUGGAUACGGAGGUGGCUACGGUGGCGGAUAUGGAGGCGGCUAUGGUGGCGGUUACGGAGGCCAAAGCUGGGUAGUCAGAAGUGGAGAAAGGGGCAGCGAUACCACAGGGAACAGCGGACACGGAGGUGGAAGCGGCGGUGGAAUCGGAGGAGGAAGCGGAGGAGGAAGCGGAGGUGGAAGCAUCAACGAAACUAGUAACAGCAGCGGAUAUGGAGGUGGCUUUGGUGGCGGUUACGGAGGCGGACAUAGCAGCAGUUAUGAAAGCCGCAGUAGGGUUGUGACUAGUGAUGAACGAGGAGGUGAUUUACACAGAGGUGGAAGCGUAAGCCGUAAUGAAGCAGGCACUGGCGGAGGCUACGGAGGUGGUUAUAGAGGAAGCUACGGUGGCGGCUAUGGUGGAGGAAGAGCCGCGCACAAUGACACAAGCAGCACUCACACAAGAAGCAGCGGUAGUUACGGCGGAGAAAGUGCUAGUCACAGUGGUAGAGGCAGCACAUAUCGAAGCGGUUAUGGAGGUGGUUAUGGAAGUGGCUACGGUGGUGGCUAUGGAGGACAUAGCAGGGUUGUGAACACUGAGGAAAGUGGUACUGGCAUUUCAGGUAGCAGUGGGCAUGACAGAGCAAGCAUCAAUGAAACUUCAAGUGGUAGCGGCGAAGGAGGUAGCUACAGAGGUGGAUAUGGGGGUGGCCACGGAGGUGAUUAUAGAGGUGGUUACGGAGGCGGAUAUGGAGGUGGUUACCGUGAACAUUAUGGAGGGCGUAGCAGGGUUGUGCACGCUGGAGAAAGCGUUACUGAGACAAGACGCGUCACCGAAUACGGUGAUGCAAGCAGGAAUGAAACGAGAACCGACACCAGAUACGGAGGGGGCUACGGACGCGGUUACGGGGGCGGGUAUGGAGGCGGUUACGGAGGUGGCUACGGAGGGGGUUACGGUGGUGGUUACGGAACACAGCGACGGAUUGCAAGCAGCCUCAGAAAUGAAACCGACAGUGUGAAUGUCAGCGCAUCUGGUGGCGGCCAUGGAAGAGGUUACGGAAGUGGCUACGGAGGCGGGUAUGGAGGUGGUUAUGGUGGCAGCUACGGAGGCCAUAGCAGCGUUCUCAUUGGAGGCGAAAGCGGCACGAAUGUCAGGAGUGGCAGCGGCUAUGUGGGUGCAACAGGCAGCAGUGAAACCACUAGCGAUAAUGCACAUCGACGUGGAACCGGUGGAGGCUAUGGAGGCGGAUACGGCGGGGGUCAUGGAAGCACAGGCGCUGUUGUGAAUGACACCGAAGGCGGCAGUGAAUCCGGAAGAGGUGGCGGACGCGGAGGUCGAAGAGGAGACAUAACUGUAACCGAUAUUGACAGCGACGCUCAAGAAUAUCGGGGGGGUAGUAGACCAGAUGGCGGCAGUGAACGAGGAAGCGGAACUGGAGGACAUGGUGGUGGAAGCGGUGGUGGACGCGGUAGUGGAAGUGGUGGUGGAAGUGGUGGUGGUAGCGGACAUGGUACAAGGGCCGGUGACGGUGGGGACCGAAGCAGGAGUGAAGGCACCGAUGACGGUGACAAUAGCCGCGGUUUUCGCCGCGGUUCCGGUGGCAGUCGUGGCGUAUACGCCAGUGGGUAUAUCGUCGAGUAUGGAGAAAGAACAAGCUCGCGUGUUGAAACUUCCCGGGCAUCUGACGUACCGUGCGUCAGAGUGCGCAACUGCGGCAGCAUGCUCACAGUAUCCACCGCCGUGCGCCCAGGUGCGGGGCACGUGCACGAUCAGCAGUCGGUAUCAAGAGGACACGUGCAAGAAGUCGUCGAGGAUUCUCAAGUACGCCUCCGCGAUCUUGCUCAGCGACCAGCAGAAAGUGAGGAGCAGAUAGGCGACGACUGAAAGCUGGUCAACCACUUAGUGCCACAUUCAUGAACUUGCAUCAGAUUCCGACAACCGAAAUAAAACUUUAAGUUGAUCCUCUAAACAUUAGGAAUAAAGAUUCAUUAUUCGCUGUUCACAA